AUGGGCUAAACUUAAACUCAAUAAUAAGAAGAUAUACCCAAUGAGUAUGUGCAUUAUUUGUCAAAGAGUAAGUUUAAUAAUCCUAUGCAUUUAGCUGCCACUACUGCAGCUCAUCACAUAUAUGGCAAUCAAGAAGAAGUUCAAUUCUUGGCUCGAUGUCCCAAAUGUAAAAGCCACUAGUUCGACGAUCAGUUGGGGAGGGUUACCAAUUGUUUUUAAUGCAAACUGAUCUUUUCUGUCAAUGAUGGUCAGAUCCAAAUAAGGCAGGAUUCCACAUUGCUCGAAGACAGGAGAACCUUUCAGAUAACUGAAGUACAACUCCCUCAACUUGAAAGUGUCACGCUCUAUGUGAAUAGAACGAUACUUGAUCCAGCACUAAUUAAAGAUAACGUGAUAGACUUUUAAAGAUUGAUCAAAAACGUACUUUUACCUUUCUUUUCAGUACGUCAAAGAGUAUUGGAAUCAGGAAUCAAAUUCUCAAUCGGAUCUUUCGAAUUUCGAGUAGUCGGUGGGUUCCCAAGUAAAGGAAUAAUCACUAAACUAACAUAAAUCUACUGUUAUGGGUAUUACAUCCAAGACACCACAAGGAGAGUCAAGAUUUUAUCAAGGAAGCCUUCGUCCCAAUUGGAUUCUGAGAUCAAGUCUUACUUCAGUGUUAAUCCAAAGGACAAUCAAAUUAUUUAGGAUUCAACCAUCAAAGUUAACUAAUAAAAAUACCUGGUUUUGCAAUGUGACAAUGCCUCGGGGAAAAUCGAUAGAAACUCUAUCAUUGAGAGUAUCCCAAAUGUGCAGAAUCUGAGAGAUGUUAAAUUAUGCUGUUUAAAAUGUCCAGUAUAGUAUUAAAAUUCUCGAAGAGAUCGUGUCAAGGAAGCAGUUAGAAGGGUUAUCGUUCAAUCUUACUUCUGUGGCUUUAGUCGAUUCAUAGAGAAGGGCCAGAUCCUGAGAAUUUCAGAUUUCGAAUUUUAAGUACAAUUUUUAUAAGACCAUGGACUGGUUGUUCCUAAUUACACUCAAAUUGAUAUUGAUUUUAACUAAUCCAUGCAGCAUCAAUAAAAUAGAUAGUUUGAAUAGUUAUUACCAUCCAGUUUUGUUUCCAAUAGGAGAAACGAUAUUCAUAGACAACAUACUCAAUAAAUUGAAGCACUCCAUCGAUUGUUAAAUACAUUCAUUCUCUUGAAUGAGAAUUAACAAUUACUACUUUAACUCAGAAACACUAGAGCAUCUGAAGAACUGAUCAAUCUAUUGCCAGUACGUUAAAUUACUAUGGAAUUCAUAAAUUAACAUUAAAAUGAUGACAAUCUAAUUAAAUGUAUGAUUUGUUUAGAAGAUUACUAAGAGAAUCAAUUUGUUCGUACUAUGCCAUGCUGGCAUUUCUUCCACCAAGAAUGCAUUGACAAAUGGUUACACAAAAGUACACUCUGUCCCAUUUGCAAGACUGAAGUGGAUACAGAUUCAUAGAUGGAUGAAAUUUCGAUAUGA